AUGAAGGUUUUAAAUGCAAAUUUAGUUCAAAAAGAGACUAAUAAUGAUCCAUUAUUAAGUAAAGUGAAGUAUUAUAUAUCAAACCGUUGGCCAGAAAAAGUCAACAAAGAAUUAGAGGUGUUUAGACAUAAACAAGAACUGCUGAGCUUAGAACAAAAUACUAUAUUGUGGAGACACAGAAUAGUAAUACCAAAGAGCAUACAAAAUAAAAUUCUGGAGGAGUUACACUAUAAUCACUUAGGGGUGGUUAAAAUUAAAUCGAUUGUGAGAGGUAAUUUAUGGUGGUUAGGCAUCGAUAAAGAUAUUGAACUUAUCAUUGGGAUACUAUCCCCCUCUCCAAUAAACUUAAACCAAUAAAGAAAGAUACAAAAAAAUGAAUUCCACCCGACCACUUCAACAGACGACAGGAAGUCUUCAUCACAAGAUGCAAAAUUGGACACUCUUUUCUAAGUCACUCUCAUCUGAUUAGCAAAGACCCUCCACCCACUUGUAAUGAAUGCCACGUUGACCUUACAGUUCAACACAUCAUCCAAGACUACUCAAAGUACCAGGUCAUAAGAAAUCAACUUAAAAUACCACCGAAUAUGGAAGAAGUGCUUAAUGAAAACAAUGUACAUAAAAUCAUUAUAUUCUUAACCAAAACACACCUUAUAAGCAAAUUGUAACACUGUAAUAAUCUACACGUAGCCAAUAAGUCUUUAAAUAGUCAAUAAGUUCUUUUUUUUUAAUUGUACAGGCUAAUGACCUUUGAUGUUGAAGCCUUAUUGUAUAAUAAUAAAAAAAAAAGAUAUUGAAAACAUUGCCAGCAAAUGUAAUGAUUGCAAUAAGGUUAGACCCAUGCCAGGAAAAACAAGGAUACAUACAUGGGAGUGGCCACAAAAUCCUUGGCAAAGACUACAUGCAGACUUUUUAGGUCCAUUUAAAGAACAGCUAUUUUUAAUUAUAGAGGAUGCAUACUCAAAAUGGCUAGAAGUAUUUAAAGUCCCUGCGACAGGAGCUCAAUAUUCAAUAGAUAUAUUUAGGAACUUGUUUGCAAGAUAUGGGUUACCUGAAUACCUAGUAACAGCUAAUAGCCCACCUUUUACUUCUGUACAUUUCCAACAGUUUUUAAGGGAUAAUGGAAUAGGUCACAGGACAUCUUCUGCUUACUAUCCCCAAAGCAAUUGA